AUGGCUCGCAGGUACGGAAACCAACCUCAGGAGUCACCACAAUAUGCACUUUCACGCAUUAUGCGCACCACCCCUACCCCUACCACCACCCCUCGGUUUGCACCGGGCAGAUACGGACGCACUUUCGCCAACCUUGUGGAGCGUAUGGAUAAUCUGGACCGACCCAUAACGCCGGCCACCAAUCAAAGCGCUGUCCGAGUUGGAGGCGUCCCACAGUAUAGCUACCCGACCCCACCCAUCACACCGGUCACCGGUGGUCGCCGUCGCCCCCCGACACCGCCCCCAAAACCACUCAGAGGUCGCCCGACACCGCCUCCCAAACCGCCCAGAAGUCUCAUUACUCAGCGAUUGGCCCAACCAUACAGAGAACCGACACCUGAAUUAGCUCCGGGAGAUGAGGAGCUCGCCCAGUAUGGGGCUGUUGGCGGAGUGCCCGCAGUGGGUCACUACUACGGUCCCCUCGGUUCGGAGUACGCAUACCCGACCCCACUCAUCGCUCGGGUCGCCGGUGGCCGCCGUCGCCCCCCGACACCGCCCCCACCCAAACCGCCCAGACUUCCGCCGACACCGCCACCCAAACUGCCGACACUGGGCGGGGCUGUUGGGGGAGUGCCCGCAGUGGGUCAGGACUACGUGCCCACCGGUGCGACACCAAUGCUACGAGAGAGUCAAAAGCCAUGGCCGCAGCUAAGGGGUCGCUACGAGUUCGCGCCGGACACCUACCAGACCGCGCGUACGAGCUCAACCACGUCCGGCGAGCUGAACGUGAGCAGCGAUGAGUGGCCGCUCUUUGGCUUAGGCCGUUACGCCUCGUAUGUAACCGCCCGCAAGCCAGUGGCCCGACUCCAGGCUAAGACCAAACGGGAUUUGCAGAAACUACGGGGUAAGGGCUUCGACGUGGCCUACAUCAACGCCAAGUCACUUGGCCAGGGUGCGUUUGGCGAGGUGUUCCGGGGUGGUUAUACCGAUCAGAUCGAGGUGACGAAGCGCACCCCACAGGGCCGCUACCUGCGCGAUGUCAAGUCGGGCGAUCAGUUCGCGGCCAAGUAUGUCCAGUUCGCGCCCGAUAGGAGGGCCAGCGAUCAUCUCAACCAUUUCAUCGAGAAAUGUAUAUUAAAAUCGCUGCGACACGAAAACAUUGUUACCUACAGAGUGGCCAUCAAUUUGGGCCGAAAAGUGAUACUUCGCAGCGUAUCGGGUGACCCGUCGCAGGACAUUGUCUCCUAUAGGCGAGCGUUUUUGGUCAUGGAUUGCGCCGACCAAGGUACUCUGAAAAACUUUGGCGAUGCUGGCCGUCUCACCGAUCAGGUAACCGUCCAAUUCACCCGGGAGUUGUGCACAGCCAUGGCUUAUAUGCACGGCAAAGGGGUCAGACACGGCGACGUUCACGCCAGGAACGUACUGGUGUUCAGCGCACCCGGCGGUUGGUAUACCGCUAAAUGGACCGACUUUGGUCUGGCGGUGUCCCGAGACGUGUUCGCCCGGUGGGGACACGAGCUGACGCCCGGAGUGAUGUACAAAUGGGCCCGGGCUGAUGCCACCUUUCUGCAAUGGUAUAUCACCACGUACAUGUUGGACACAUGUAAAAACAAUCCAGGUAAUGUUGGCGCCGACUUGAGUGAGGUCAGGGCACUGGACGCGGAAUUGAAAAAUUCAAAGGAGUUGUUGACUCAAAUGAUGCCCAAAUACAAUAUGUUUCAGUAG